AGUUUGACAGGUGGUGUCGUCGCAACAUUUUGUGUCAGUUUUUGCAACGAAAAGAAAUUCGUCGUUAUCCUAGUUUAGUGACGGCCACAAAUCCAACAUCAUGAGCUUCUUCGGUAAAAUUUUCGGCGGCAAAGAAGAGAAAAAGGCCCCCACAACUGGGGAGGCCAUCCAAAAGCUGAGAGAAACGGAGGACAUGCUCUUCAAGAAACAGGACUUUCUCGAAAAGAAAAUCCAACAGGAAAUCGUACUGGCUAAAAAGAAUGCCGCCCAAAAUAAGAGAGCUGCCCUUCAAGCGCUGAAAAGGAAGAAGAGAUAUGAGAAGCAAUUGACACAGAUCGAUGGCACCCUCACAACAAUUGAAAUGCAAAGAGAAGCUCUCGAAGGAGCUAAUACUAAUACAGCUGUUUUAGAAAGCAUGCAAAAUGCUGCUGAUGCUCUUGCACAUGCCCACAAAUUCAUGGAUGUGGACAAAGUACACGAUAUGAUGGAUGAUAUUGCAGAACAACAAGAACUUUCCAAUGAAAUUUCAAAUGCAAUUAGUAAUCCAGUUGGUUUUGGUGAAGACUUGGAUGAUGAUGAAUUGGCAAAGGAACUGGAAGAACUAGAGCAACAGGAUUUGGACGAAAAGAUUUUGGAUGUGCCAAAUCCCUUACCUUCUGUACCAGAUACACCAGUUGCAGUUAAGCCUAAACCAACAAAAAAAGAUGUCCACGAGGAUGAUUUGAAGGAAUUGGAAGCUUGGGCGUCAUAAGGCCGGUGAAAAUGGCUCUAAAAUAAAUCGUUAAUAUUGCAACAGCUUGUUAAUACUGCUCUAUAGACACAUCAUUGUUAAGGUAGUACGGUAGUCACACGUGCGAUUCUAUUUUAAUGGGUUACCAUAACACGAAUCUCACAUCUGUGCGAUAACUACUAAAAUUGCAAAAUUUCUGUAUAAAUUAAAAAAAAAAAAAAAUAUCUGCGUUUUGGCAUGGUUAUUGCUUUUUGAAUAUAUGAAAUAGUAAUAUGAUGUACAUAUACGUUUUUUAAUAUAUUGUGAACUAACAUUUUAAUUAUGGAUUAUAUUGAUUUGUAAAUGUAGGUCGAAAAUAAACAUUAUAUUUACAUA